CUUACACAGUUACCCAUCCUCUACUGCUCUUGAGAGUACUGUAUUCAUAACUAACGUCCACUGGAACUAGCUUUCCGAAUGUUCUUACGUUCACCGUAGAGUGAUAGACUUGGGUUAGCUUGGACGAGGAAAUUUUAACGUAUUAAUUUGGAUUAAAUGUUUUGUUUAGAGACAAUUAGACCAAAUUAAUUUGUUUAUCAACCUAAAAUUUGGAUGAAACAAUUAAUUUGGAGAAUUCCAAAUUGAUCCAUUUUGAGUUAAUUUUAAUUGUGCAGGAAUAAAACAGGUAACUCGAAUCAGCUCGUUCUAUUUGACUCAUUUUAUAAAAUAAGAUAAUAUCUCAUUUAUGAAUUGAUCCAUGCCUUUUAAAUUUUCAUGACCGACUCUACCAAAAGAAACCUGUCUUGGUUUACAACUUUCUACUAACCUCGAUUGUCAAAGUAAGUGACCAUCCGGUUCCACGAAUGCAAAUGAGGGAAUGGAGCACAGCCCCCUUUGAAUAUUUGCAAAUAGAAAAGUCUACAAAGUGGAAGACAAUCUAUUUCACGUGGGCCACAGGUUGACUGACUCGGCGUCCCUCGCAUACUAUAUGCGUGUGUAGGACACUCACAUAGUCACAUACUCGCAUACACAAUUUCCUCGCCUACCUCUUUUGAGACCUAUCCUCUCUAGUGAUCUCUUCUCCCCCUUUCAUCAAAUUCGACCAAACUUCUGCAUUGAUUUGUUCAAUACCCACAGUCUGUUUUUUUUUUUUUAAAAAAAACCCUAAUUAAUGGUAUCCCCUUACCACUCUUCAUCCUUCCGCUCCCUCCUCCUAACACUCUGUACCCUCAUAAUCACGAUCAGCACCUCCUCCGUUUCGUCACAAGACGAUGAUGAUCAAGGCCAGAGAUUCCAAGACUGCGCCCGCCUGUUCGAGUGCGGCGACAUCCAAGCCGCCUACCCUUUCUGGGGCGGCGGCCGCCCUAGCUACUGCGGCCUCUCCGACCUCAACCUCACUUGCAACGCGACCACCCAGAUCACCACCAUCACCAUCCUAGACCUCACUUAUCAGGUCCUCCGAGUCGACGAUUUCUCCCGUAUCCUAACCCUGGUCCGGGCCGACAACCGGGCCGAUCUCUGCCCCGCGGAGCCCCUCAUCAACACCACCACCAUUGAAUCCUCUCUGCUCUCUCUCGCGCCGGACACUCAGUUAGUCACGCUUUACUACGGGUGCUCGCCGCUGGGGAACGGGGUCCAAGCCCCGGCGAGUUUGGGGCGGUUCAAUUGCGGCCGCGACAACAGUUCCCAGGACUACUUUGUGACGAGCGAGGGCCUGGCGGGGUCCUACGACGCGGCGGUCAGGACCUUGUUGGGUUCCUGCGGGGCUCGAGUUACGGUUCCGGCGAAUCGGACGGCGGUGGCGGGAUUGGAAUCGUCGCCCACGGCGGAGAGGUUGGAGGCGGCCAUUGGCCAGGGGUUUGGGGCGAGGUGGGCCGCGAAUGACACUUUGUGCGCCACGUGUCGGGAUUCCGGUGGCCAGUGUGGGUCAGUCGGGGGGUCGUUUACUUGCUGGCCGCCGGUGGAUCAAACUGGUACCCAUUCUUCUUUAUUCAAUCUCGUUUCGUCCUCCGUUAUAGAGGGGUUAAUUGCAAGGAUGGUCACUGGGUUUACUAAAACCGUUCAUGUUUGGUCACUGCAAAUAUUUAAUUCCAUUCAUGGUCACUAAGAUUACUUCAAUAGUUCAAGUUUGGUCACUCUCCGUUAGUCUCCGUUAGUUUUUGCUGAUGUGGCAGUCAACUAUUAUAGUUGACCGUUAAAUGAGUGACGUGGCCAAUAAAAAAAUAAUAAAAUAAUAAAAUUUAAAUAUUUAU